AUGGAACUUGUUCUUACCAAAUGGGUAUGCACAUUUCUACUCUGCUCUUGGCUCAUCUUCUCCGGAGUAUACUCAGUGGAGGGAUUGCAUGGGGACUCCAAAGUGAGAGGAGUGAACUUGGGAGGAUGGUUGGUUGUGGAAGGUUGGAUUAAGCCUUCACUUUUUGAUGCCAUUCCCAAUGGAGACAUGCUAGAUGGAACACAGGUACAACUGAAGUCAGUGACCUUGGAGAAGUAUGUCUCUGCAGAGAAUGGGGGAGGGAUGAACGUAUCUGUUAGUAGAGAUGUUGCAUCUUCAUGGGAAACCUUUACGUUAUGGAGAGUUUCUGAAUCAGAAUUUCAAUUCCGCACCUUGCAGGGCCAGUUCCUAACAUGUGAUGACGAAGGUUGCUCUUUUUCUGCAACUGCAGAAUCACCUUCAACAUUAGAAACCUUUUUCGUUGAAAAGUAUAACAAUGGCAGAGUUCACAUCAAAACAACAAGUGGUACGUAUUUGCAGGCUACAGUGGAAAAUCAGCUCAUCGCAGACUAUCCAGGGAAGCCAGGAUGGGAUGAUAAUGCAGCCACAUUUGAAAUGACCAUUGUUUCUAAUAAUUUGCACGGAGAUUACCAGCUGGCAAAUGGAUAUGCACACAAUAAGGCCAAAGAGGUUCUUAAGAAACAGUUUCAUCACUAUAGGAGAUUUCAUUUUCUGUAUAAACAUGGAAUAAACACUGUGAGGAUUCCCGUUGGCUGGUGGAUUGCCUAUGAUCCUGAUCCUCCCGCACCAUUUAUUGGUGGAACUUUGGAAGCUCUAGAUAAUGCAUUCUCAUGGGCACAAGCCUAUAAUAUUAAGUGCAUAAUUGACCUUCAUGCGGCUCCUGGCUCCCAGAACGGGAUGGAACAUAGUGCUAGUAGAGAUGGUUCAACAGACUGGCCUAAUCCAGAUUACAUUUCACAAACACUGCACGUUAUAGAUUUUCUAGCUUCCAGGUAUGCAAGACAUCCUGCUCUGCUGGGAAUUGAGCUUCUAAAUGAACCAUCUGCAGCUACAGUUCCAUUGGAUAUUUUAGUUUCAUAUUACAAUCAAGGCUAUCAAACUGUUCGGAAACACUCAUCAACAGCUUAUGUAAUAGUUUGCCAAAGAAUUGGCAAUGCAGAUCCAUUGGAAGUUUAUCAUGCUAACAUAGGCUCGCGUAAUCUAGUGGUGGAUUUGCAUUAUUACAAUCUUUUUGAUAAUUUCUUUGUUAAUAUGAGCGCUGUGGAUAAUAUACAAUUCAUAUACAAGAGCAGGGAAACUCAAUUGGAGGCCCUGAACAGUGCAAAUGGUCCACUUGUUUUUAUUGGAGAGUGGGUGAAUGAGUGGAACGUGACAAGCGGCUCUCAGAAAGAUUACCAAGACUUUGGGAGGGUCCAGUUAGAGGUUUAUAAUGCUGCUUCCUUUGGAUGGGCUUACUGGACACUGAAAAAUGACAGACCACACUGGGAUUUUGAAUGGAACAUUAGGAACAACUAUCUCCAGUUGGGUAAUUCACCCAAGAAACGGAAUGUUAACGGUUUAGCGUUGCUGGGCUUGACGUAUGUGUUGUUCUAUCUGCAUCAUACUUUGUGA